AUGGAUAUUCUGUGGAAGAAUACCCGUGAAGCUCUUAAAAACUUUGCAGAAGUGCUAGUAUGCAACAAGUGUGGAAAUGAACCAGUAGAUGCAGUAAGAUAUAUUAACUGUGGUCAUUUCUUUUGCAAAAAAUGUGUUAGAACUGAUACAAUAUGUGCAAAAUGCGGCACACCUGUGCAACCAGUUGAAAUUCAUAGUGAUCAUAUGAUUAAAAGUCUUACAUCUUACUGCAAUAUUAUUGCAGAAAUCGUAGAUGAAAAAAAUUUAUGGGAUAUAAAUGCAGAUGUUCCUAAUUCUACUCUUGAACCUUCAGUAGUGUUACAAGUAAACUCUGAAGUUACUAAUCGAAAACAACCACGUAUACCACAGAAAAAUAUAAAUAAGAUAAAUACAAAAGGAGAAACCAUAUUACACAGUGCUUGUUUAAAGAACAAAAUUGACUACGUGAAACUUUUAUUAGCUGCUGGUGCAAAUCCAAAUACAAAAGAUAAUGCUGGUUGGACUCCUUUACAAGAAGUUGUUAGCUCAGGAUUUGUUAAUCUAUGUAAGUUGCUUUUGGAGAAUGGUGCAUCACCUAAUGUACCAGGUCUAGAAAAUAGAACAGCAUUACACGAAGCAGUUAAAAGUAAAAAUUUAGCAGUAGUUAAAUUACUUUUGCAAUAUUCAGCCAAGAGAAAUGUAUAUGAUAAACAUGGAAAGAAACCUGUAGACUACUGUGAAUCACUGGAAGAUGCAGCAUGGAGUGAAAUAUGGAAUAUUCUGAAAGAUGGAAAUGAAUUGAAUGACACAUCUAUAACUUUAAAUUGUACUUUAGAUCAAUCAUUUUCAUUUACACAAUUACGAAAUGCUUUCAUUGUAUAUCCAUCAAAUUUAGGAGAAGACAAUAAAGAGCAACUCUAUGAGGUGGCUUCAAAACAUAAAAUGAAAAUUAUAUCUAAGUUUCGAUCAGUUGUGACUCAUGUUGUACUAGAAGCAAAUAAUAAAAAUAUAGUACCACUAUCAUAUGAUGUGAUGAUAGCAAUUCUGCGUGGAAACUGGUUACUUAACAGUGAAUGGUUUCAAAUAGCUAUGGAUGUAGAUGAUAUAUUAACAAUGGAUUUCGAGCUGUUUGAAAUUAGUGGUGCACCAGUUGAAGGAACUCCAAGGAGAGCGAGGGAAAAUGCACAGAAUCAACAUCCACGUCUUUUCAAUGAAUGUAGUUUUUACUUUGCUUUAAAUUCAAAGAAUACAUAUUAUGUAAAUGAAAUGCUGUUAAAAAAAGAUGCUUUAGAGAAACUUGUACGCGAAGGCAAUGGAACAAUUCUAACAAGGGAACCACAUCCGGAAGAUAUAGAAGAUAGAGAACAAAUUGUUCUUUACCACAUUGCUGAUGAUCCUUCUCAUUCUUUAUAUAAAUGUACUCAUUACAUCAUAUAUGUACCAGGGAGAGAUGAACCACGUGUAAAAUACAAUAUGCCCCAUAUAAAAACACUACCACUUAUGUGGUUAAUUGAAUGCAUAGAAAAAUUUACAUUGGUUGAUCCGUUGCAUUUGGGUUUACUGUAA